CGGUACAAACUCUGAAUGAUCCAACCCGCGUGGACCCACAUAAUAUUGUCUGAAAACAAUUUACAAUUCUCCAAAGUUCCAAUAUUCUCUGUAUCCAGCGCCGUUACCUGAUUCACCACCCUUCUCACCUUGCACAACUAGCUCUCUCUCUCUCUCUCUCGCUCGCUCUGAGAAAGGAUGAGGAACCGAAACAGUGGUAAAAUCUCUUCCAAAUGGAUUCCGGUUUUCUCUAUCUCUUUCUUCUUCCUUGGAAUGCUCUUCACUAACAGAUUGUGGGCCCCGCCUGAAUCCAAUAGUCAGCUCAUAUCAAGCCAUCGACGUGAACAAGAAUUGCAGAUCAUUUCAGAGGACUGCACAACUAAGAAGGAGAAGCCAGGACAAGAAAAAGAUGUGAUGGACGAGGUUUACAGAACACAUGAAGCAAUUCAGUCUGAUAGAUCACUGGACAAGUCCAUGUCGAUGCUUCAGAUGGAGUUGGCUGCCACUCGGAGUACUCAAGAGAUCGGGAGGUCUGAUGGGUCAUCUAGUGUCUCAGCCUCUUCACAUGAGGGCCCGCCGAGGAAGAAGGCAUUUAUGGUUAUUGGAAUUAAUACUGCUUUUAGUAGUAGGAGGCGCCGUGAUUCAGUUAGAGAGACAUGGAUGCCCCAAGGGGACAAGCUUCUCAAAAUGGAGGAAGAAAAGGGAAUUGUUGUCCGGUUCAUGAUUGGCCAUAGCGCAACACAUAACAGCAUCUUGGAUCGGGCUAUUGACUCUGAAGAUGCUCAGCAUAAGGACUUCCUCAGACUGGAGCAUGUUGAAGGGUAUCAUGAAUUGUCUGCAAAAACAAAAAUUUUCUUUUCCACUGCUAUUGCAAAAUGGGAUGCUGAUUUCUAUAUCAAGGUUGACGAUGAUGUGCAUGUCAAUUUGGGUAUGCUAGCUGCAACUCUUGCCCGCCAUCGUUCAAAGCCUAGAGUUUACAUUGGGUGUAUGAAAUCUGGGCCUGUUCUUUCUCAAAAGAAUGUUAAGUACCAUGAACCAGAGUACUGGAAAUUUGGGGAAGACGGGAAUAAAUACUUCAGGCAUGCAACCGGGCAGAUUUAUGCCAUCUCAAAGGAUUUGGCUACAUACAUCUCAAUUAACCAGCCCAUUUUACACAAGUAUGCUAAUGAAGAUGUGUCGCUUGGCUCAUGGUUUAUUGGUCUUGAAGUUGAGCACAUUGAUGAGCGCAAUAUGUGUUGUGGAACUCCACCAGAUUGCGAAUGGAAGGCACAAGCAGGUAAUGUAUGCAUUGCAUCAUUUGAUUGGAGCUGCAGUGGCAUUUGCAAAUCAGUGGAGAACAUCAAAUUUGUUCAUGAAAAGUGUGGUGAAGGGGAUGAAGCUCUUUGGAGUGCUUUAAUCUAAAUUCAUUCCAGUGCAAUGUGUUUUGGGUAAAUGAGGAGUUGAGACUACCCUUUUUCAGCUACCAGGGUUUGGGAGGCAGUUUUGAAAGAAAUAACAACUUCGACAGUUAUACAUACGGAAACUACAAUGCCUCUUUGUGGGGAACCAUUGAAUUUCAAAGCAAGAUUCGUUGCAAUAGUUAAAUGGAAACUAUCGUUCCAGACAGAUGGCUGUUGUUUAGGUAUGGGUUUUAAGAAAACAGUGCGUUCUCUGCAAGUAUUGCAAUUUUUCUAGGCAUAUGGAAGGAUAUAUUUUGGGUAUUAUACAGUCUUCCACAUUGGAGGAAAAUGUCAUAUUGCUGAUUCUGACUAGAUAUGUACCCAAAAGAGUUGGUGGUUUUUGCCCCCAUGGCUAUGAGUAGUUUUUGGAUGUUUUCCAGGGUAAUAUUUAUUUGGUAAUGGGACUCUUGCAGUUAUUUUAUUCAAGUUGUUCGCUAGUUUCCUUGUGGAACUCUGUAACUUUCUAACUCUUUCCUUGUCCAAUGAAGUCUGAAAAACAUCAUUUUUUGUUA